GCAAUCUCUCUUUUUAUUUUCCUUACCUUUUUCUUUCUUGGCUUUUUCUUCUCUCCUGAUAGAAACUUUUUCCAGUCAAAAUUUAAGAGCUUUAAAGUAAAACUUCCACUAAGGUUUAUACAUAUACUUAGCCACACAUUUCCUCUUCUCGUUCUCUCUUCUCUUCUAUCUAGGUUUGGUCUAAAAUGGCGUCAAAAGGAAAGACACCAGUAAGAAGAACAACUCCAAGAAGAAGAAAAACAAUCAAGAAUUCAUCUUCUCCAUGUAGUAUCAAUAGUGACGUCACUUCAACGUUAUCAUCUACUUCAAUAUCUUCAACCGCUACGUCAACGUCGCCGAUUUCAUCCCAUGGAUGCUGUACGCCGAAGUCUACGAAGUCAAGAAUACCGGAGAUGCUGACGUGUCCGCCUGCGCCGAAGAAGCAAAGGGUUGCCCAAGACUCUGCUUUGAGGAGGAGACAAAUCACUUUCUUUGCUCCUCCAGAUGUAGAGCUCUUAUUUGUUUUGGCACUUCGUAAUAAUCAUGGUCAACAAAUCGACAAAUAAAGUUAAGUUUUAAUUAUCGUUUUGUGGCUCUUGUCAUGGUAUGAUCAAUCUCAAGCUUCUAGUUUGAUUCAAUAAUACAAUAAUUGAAGAUGUAUUAUA